AUGAUCUCUCUCCUUGCGUCACCCCUGCUGGCUCUGGCCAUCGGCUCGUCUGCUGCAUAUGCAGCAUGUCCCUACGCGCAGCAGAUGGGCUUCGACCUGAAUGCUCGAGAUAUUGCACAUCCACCUUCUCAGGCGGCUCAGCAGAGUCACCGUACGAGCUUAGGCAAGGAUGGUGUUAUGCUCAUGAACCGGAUUGCGCCCGGCACAUCUAAGCUCUACAUCUCGGGUGUCGACGGGAGCAAUGAACGACCGCUCCUGUCAGAUCCUGUGUUUGAAUACCACGCUAGCUUCUCACCUGACGGGCAGUGGGUGCUCUUUACCAGUGAACGCAAUGGUGAUGGAAACUCCGAUAUAUGGCGUGUGCGUACCAACGGGUCGGACCUGCAACCGCUUGUAACAACACCCGCUGUCGAAGACUCUGUUGUUCUCUCCCCCAAUGGCAGGCACGCGGCGUAUGUCUCGACCGAAGGCAUGAUCGCAAACAUUUGGGUCCUCGACAUGGUCACCGGCAAUCGCUGGAACCUAACAGAUACGUCUGCUAUCGCUGCCACCACCAACAAAAACGUACCUCGUGGCUACUUCAAACCCGCGUGGUCUCCAGACGGUCAAUGGAUUGCCUUUUCUUCCGACCGCAAUACAAAAUGGGCAGGUCACGGCUGGGAAACAUUCAUGGGUCUCAGCGGCUGGGAACAUACCCAGGAACUCUCGAUCUUCGCCAUUCGACCAGACGGAACCGGCUUCCGCAAGGUCGUUGGCAAAGAUGGCUACGCUCUCGGCUCCCCCAGCUGGUCUCCUGACGGUAAACGCAUUGUCUACUAUGAAAUGACCCGUGAAACAACCUGGGACUCGCACAGCUCCUUCGACCUCAACUCGGCCAACUCCUCCAUCGUCUCCGUCGACUUCAUAACCGGCACCGACCGUGUUGUUGAGGUCGACACCCCCGGUGUCAAGAUCUUCCCCCAGUAUCUAGGCAACACCAGCUCAAUCGGCUAUCUGCUUAAAGGUACCACGAAAGAAGGCAUCUAUAGCGGCACCACCUAUUAUAACACCACCGCAGCCGUCGCCCGCUCCCCCUCCUGGUCCCCAGACGGCAAACGUGUUGUGUACGAAAAGGUCUCCUGGGAUAUCCGCCCGCAGAACAAACUCCUCUACAGCUGGGACGUCAACUGGACCUACCGCUUCACCGACGUCUUCCCAACUCUCAACACUGCAGGCCGACUAGCCAUCACCCAAAAACAGCUCGGCGACUCUGCCGUCAUCUCCCUCAACGCCACCGGCACCGACAACGAAACCGUGUUCGACCCCGUGGCAAGGGGGAUCCUCUCCCUCUCCUCCGUCGAAAAGGGCACCUCGGGGGCUUUCCAGUCCUCCUGGUCCUCCGACGGAAACUGGCUCACCUACGGCGUUGGCUACUGGUUCGCCGGGCGCGCGUCCAACGGCGGGUGGAUUGUGCGCUCCAAGGCCGACGGCAGCGAGGCAAUGAACCUCACGACCAGCGCGAUCCCGCUCUCAGCGGGCAACAACAAUACCCUGAACACAGGGUUCCCCGGCUUCUCACCUGAUGGGACGAAGAUCGUCUUCCGCGUUUGGGGCGCCGAUGCAGAAGACGGAGAUACAUCGCAGCUAGGUCUCCGCAUUAUACAUCUCGACCAAGUAACCGCCAACGGCACGUAUCCCAUCACUGUGUUGACAAAUUGGUGGGAUACGCUCCCGUCCUUCUCGCCGGAUGGGACAAAGAUCGUGUUUACGCGGCGCAUCAGUGGGGGCAAUUACGAUGUCUGUACGAUUGCGCCGGACGGCUCGGACCUCCAAGUGUUGACGAGUAGCGAAGCGAACGACGCGCAUGCGGUCUGGUCACAUGAUGGCAGGAUCAUGUACUCGACAGGCGAGUAUGGGUUCCAGACGGAGUGUGCGCUGUACGAUAACACUUUCCAGCCGUAUGGGCAAAUCAACAUUAUGGAUGCCGAUGGGGGGAACAAGCGGGCGUUGACGAAUUCGUUGUGGGAGGAUUCAAUGCCGGCUUAUGUUCCGGGGGAGUUCCUUUAG